ACCGCAACCAAAACCUGAAGAAAAAAACUGUCAGAGAGGGUGCUGAGAAGACGGGUCGUGUUGCUUUGACGCGUUUACAAGUGCCCACGCGAAAAACCGACAAAGUCCAACCUUCCUACCACUCAUACACAACCGUACAACCGCAAAACGCAACAAUCACCUCAAACCCUACCCAUGCCCUCACCCGACGAUUUCCGCGAAGGCGCCACCAACCUAUGGACCGCCCUCGACUCCCUCUACGCCAAAGACCCAAAGGAAUACAAAUCCCUCAUCUCCACCCUCCAAAAAUCCGCCACAGCCGAAGGCAUCAACCCCCUCAACCCGCUCGCGCCAACCCGUGCAGUCCGCCCGGGAUGGUGUCUCACCACCACGGAUGGCAAAUCAACACAUAAGAUCAAUCUCGCGCAGACGGAUCGGAUCAGCGAGCCGAGAAAGGACGGGGCUGUUACUGUUGUGCUGGGAGGGAGGAGGAGGGGUGGGGAUGAUGGGGGGAGGUAUACGGUUUAUGACACGGUGGUGCAUCCGAGUAUCAUCGAUGAAGCCGAGCAGUCACCAGCUUUUCUUGAGCAACUGGUUGAGCUCGCCAUCGGAUGCGUUGAGGAAUCUUUCGAUGUGCGGUUAUCUCGUCACGGAAUCAAACGCGAAAAGAAUAUCUACGCAGACCCCUACGGCUGGCACACCUCCGGCCGCCCUCUGGAAGAGGGUGAAGUCGAAUCAUCUCCUUUCACGGACACGGACGAUCCGCUUUCUGGUGUCGGGGGUAUGACGACCGCUGGGUUGAUUUCGCAUAUCCAGCGUGAACAGCAUUCGGUGGAUGAUGCAGGAGGAUCAGGGAGGGGCGUCAAGGAGGAAGGGAAAUUACCGACACUGCUGCCUACCAAGCUGGAGAAGAAGAAGGGGAAUAUCAUCCAGGAACUGCCCCAUUACAUUCCACGACAAUCGAAGGACAUGACACCGACGUUAGAGGCGUUAGCAGCAUCGUUAGACAACACUAUAGAUCCCGGGACGCAGAAGCUGUUACGCCAUCUCGUCGAACCGACGUGGAAGGCUGGGAGUGUGGAUGGGGUCUGGGUUUUGGAGGUUUUACUUCCUGGUAUGAAAUCCGCACGGGAAAUCCACGUCUGCCAAACCUGCACAACCCUCGAAAUCAUAACCCUGCACCACAAACUUUCCCACAAACUCCCUCACACAACAACAGAUACCCCCAACAUAACAUGCAAACUCUUCUUGAAAUCACAUAUCUUGCAAAUAUCAUUUCCACUAUGAACACCCCGCAGCUCGCAUCGUUUCUGUAUAUACUGGUGGUGGGGAGACGGGAAUACUAUUGGUCGGUUUCCAUGGGCGCGGCACCGGUAUCGUCUUGUGCUGCUGGUGCGUCUGUGGAGGCGGGGGCCGCACCGUCGCCAAGGAGGUCGAGGUAUCUGU